AUGGCGCAAAGACUCCUGACUGUGCUCCUGGGGGCGUUCGUUUUCGCUUUUAUGACAAUAACAGUGGAAGCAAAAGCCUCGGGCGAAAUCACGUUUCAUGGCGCCAAUCGGUUCUUGUUUGAUGUUGAUGGAAACCACAUCAGCUCCUAUGCUUUGAAAAUCUACUAUUUCACAACAAGUGCCGGGAGUGCAGAGACGCCUCUGCUCUGCUACUCAUCUGUUGACUUGAUUAACUGGAAAUUCGAAGGCGUCUUGUCUUCGGGUCAGGACACCGGCGGACGGCCCCAUGUCAUCUAUAACGAGGAAACACAGGAAUAUGUGCUUUGGUCCAACCUGGGGACUGGAUAUACGGUCGCCACAUCAUCAGCACCAAAUGCGUCAUUCACAGUUGCAGGCGAGGCCGCUUUGGAUCCUCGAUUCACUGGUCUACAGCCAGCAGAUGAAUCCGUCGUCACGAUUGGUGGCAAAGCCUACCUGAUAUGGUCUGUCCUCAACUUUGCGGAUCCGCGCGCCGGGAGUCUCUGGCCGCCCAUCUUCCAGACAAUGCACAUCUCUCCUUUGACAGAUGAUUUUGUAGAGGGUGUUUUGCCUCUUACUGAUCCGGCGACCAACGAGACAACUUAUGUCUGGCAUGCUACUACAACUCCCGGCGGACCUCGGAUUAGUUUUUCUGGCCACUUCUUCCAGCCACUUCGAUUCAACGAGGACGGCAGUGUUCAAGACUUGGACUGCUCUGCUGACGCCCAUUAUACCGUACCCUUUACAUUGGGAGACGGGGCAGUUGAUACCGGAGCGUUGACUGAGGCCACAGACUUAUCUCCAAGAUUUGCCAACACCUGGACCAACUCCAAGGACGGAACCCUCACCUCAGCCACGGUCAACAUCGCCGCUGGUAACCAAUCGGUCGAUGUCGAGAUUGUUGUGUUCCGCUUUAGCACUCUGAUGGAUCUCGUCGCGCCCUCAUACACAUUCGAGCAAUUAGGGUCAGCCACUUUCACCUCAGCGCAGAUCGGCACGUCGUUCAAGGCCAUGAAGGUACCCUUGAAUACGACUGUUGCCAAAGGAGACAACCUUGGCUUCUAUAUUACCGAGGCUGGGUCCAGCACGCCUGGCAGCUCGUCGAACCUGGUCCCAUUCUGUCAUCUGGAGUACAAGGCGGGUGCUUGCAAUGGCACCAGCAAGAUGCCCUCGGGUCAAGUGGCUUUUCAACAAGGGUCUGGUCAGAACUCGUUCCGUGGGCUGCAGGGCAAUCUGAGCCCCGUCCAGGCUAGGCACGGGAAGGGGAUCAAGUUCUUUUCAACUGUAGUAUAG